AUGACUGAAGAUCAAUCUGUUGUCGGUCGAAGAAGAAUUUAUUAUGAUCAAAAUUGUGGUGAAGCACUAAUCUGCAGUGACAGUGAGGAAGAGAUGGUCGAAGAUGAAGAAGAUAAAAAGGAUUUUGGAAAUCAUGAAGAUUAUGUUAUUCGGUUUGUGAAAACAUAAAGCUAUUGAAUCUUUUGAGAUUCUGUAUGAUUUUAAUUUUGUGUCCCACCUAAUUUUUGCUUGUGCCUCCACCUAUUCACUGAUUAAUGUCAAGUUAUCUUUACAUUUAUACAAGUCGAAACUGGGUGAAUUCAUAUGCAUCAGUCUAGCACUCUUUUUUUGAAAAGGCCUUACUGUAUGAUAUUUGCUUUCUGAAAUAAUUGUUCGCUUGGUUAAAAGUAGCAAUGUGGAAAAUAAAUUUUAGCGGCUUGAAUGCUCAAGAACUGGUGCUAAUGGGAAUCAAGAAACUUUGGUGACAUGCAGCUAAAUACAUUUAGGCUUAAAUUACUUGUUGGCGUAUGUUCAGGUUGGCACUGAUAAUUCCGUCCAUUUCAUCUUGUAAUUUCUGAGUUUUUUUCUGGAAAUAUUGUUAGACUCAACUGGUUUGCAUCAAAAGCUUGCACAGCGUGAAAUGACGUUUGUCUGUCCAUCCACAAAAAAAUCAGCAUAAAUACUAACGAAUAAUGAUCAGUAUAGCAAAUUAUGGCACGAAACACGAACAAUAACAUCUCACUGAGCUUGAUGAAUCUCAACAGUCUUCGCAAUUUUGUUAGGUUUUCUGGAGGAAGUGAAUUUUCGAUAUUUACUUGUUGUUUGACUAAUUUAUAGACUAAAUAUGGAGCUAUCCUUUUUGUAUUGUAUAGGCCAAGCUUUAAGGCCGGUUAAAUUUGGGUAGUUAUAUCAGUUGGGGAUUUUAAGAUGUCAUCAUGGAGCUCAAAUUUGAGAAUGCGACAUAGCUCAUUAACAUGCUGCGUUUCCAAGUUUUUUCCUGGAAAUUCUUCAAAUUUCUCAACUUUUUAGUGUCGCACAACUCAUAGCAUCACAAAUUCUUGCGUGAAGAUACAAUUGAACCAAUGCAAUUUUUUAAAUAACUGACAUAGGCAAAAGGCAUUGAUAUUGUUUUUUUUUCAUAUGAAGUCAGUGACGUUUCAAAGGCAUUAAUACAUAGGUACAUUGAGUUAGUAUCUGGUUCCUUAUGAUAGAAAGGAUUUGUAGAUCUUUUGCUAUUCCUCUAAGCGAAUAUGAAUCUCGAAGUGAACCUAGGGAAACUAGGAGAUUCUGAAGAAUGUGGGAGGGCAAGAGUAGACCCAUUUACCUGUUUGAUCAAACCGAAUAAUAUUUAGGUUUUGUUGUUGUAGCAAAUUAUUGAUAUUCUUUCGUAAUAAUUGUUAUUGAUAUUCUCCCUUCCAUGUGUUGAAUUCCGUUUCAAUUAGUUACUUCUGCCUUUUGGGUUGUUUUCUCCCGCUUUUUCCAACUUUGUAAAGUCUCUGAAAUGAAAUUUGAAUAAACGAGAUGAAUUCAUGGUGUGGAUGGGAGAAAUUAGAAAGGCGUUCUUUGCAUGUUGCAAGAGGUGCUUUGAAUAGUCGCCUGGCUAACGCAUUUAGGAAUAUUUGGCUUGUUGAGCUUAUCAAGUUCGUGCAAUUUUCUGGUGUUUACGGUUUCAAAUGUUAAUUUUUCAUGACAUAUUUGUCAUCAUCCACCAACUUAUUUUACGUGCAUACUGCGAAUUCUCGUUCAACAUGUUUCAGGAUGACCUUACAAGAAAAUGGUUUGUCUGAUUGCGUGGUAGAUUCCCUUGCUCAGGGUUUAGAAAGAAAACCUUCUGAGAUAAAGGUAUGGUUUCCUAGUUAAAUAAGAGUUGCUCAGUGUUUAGUUCUUCCAUUGAGUGAUUAUAAGUCACCAUACCUUGAUUCUAUUUUCUCCUCAUUUUACUGUAGUAGAAAAUUAUAUGUAAUGUAAAUUCGGGCUUCAUUAGCUUCCCAUCCACUUCUGCUGCUGUUACUGAGUGUGAAACAACAUCAAACGUCUUGAACAGGGAAGAUGUGAAAGUCUUCUGAAGUCAGGAAGCCCCAGCGACUGCAACAAAAAGGGGAAUUGUGGAACGGAUCUGCAGAUUGAUGGGAAAGAUUUAGAUGCAGCACUGGAUUCCUUUGACAAUCUUUUCUGCAGGCGAUGUCUGGUUUGUUCCAUCGAUAUGUUCUAUUUCGGUUAGCAUACUGUCUGACUGAACUUUUGGGAUGUUUUAUUUACUGAGGUCAGUAUUCGUUUCUUCGUCCCCAUCGCAGGUCUUCGAUUGUCGACUGCAUGGAUGUUCUCAGGAGCUUGUAUUUCCUGUAAGAUGCUAAUUCCACGUCAGAUUAUUUCCUUGCAAGCAUUGCAUGCCUUUUGAAUUGUUUCCUUUUCUCUAUAAGUCAGAGAAACAAAUCCCGUGGAGCAAUUCUGAUGAAGGAAUUCCAUGUGGGAAAGAUUGCUAUCGGCUGGUAUGCAUUUUACGUUUAACAUUAUGCACAAGAAAAAAAAAAAGCUAUGCUAUCAGGUGUAUUAGUUUCCUUUAUUUCUGAUUUGUGUAGAGUAACGUUUGGUUGUAUAUUUCCUUUAUCUGUUUUCCAGGCGUCAAAGUCAGAAACCGUUGCUACUGUUGAUUCUCCCGUGGCUCAUCAUUGUGGGAGCCAAACGCAUUCAUCCCUUGGUGCUGGAAUGCAGGUGUCUUUGAGAAAGAAAACAGUUAAUUCGUCUGUUCUUAGGAGAUCGCAGUCUCAUCAAAGUGGUGAAAGUGCUUCCAGUCCAAAAGUUCCUUUGGAGAGUAGUGAGUCAGAAGUAAGACCUAGCGAUGACAACUCCAUUCACGAAUCCUCAUACCCAUCAAAGCCUAAACAUCGAAAAGGCAGUGGUCAUAAAAGGACCAACAAAAGAGUUGCUGAGCGGGUUCUUGGUCGUAUUCAUAAAAGGCAAAAGAAAAUGACCACUUCGGAUACUGAUUCAAUUGGUGCUGGCUGUCUUCGUCCCAGAGAUAUGAAACUUAGGUCAAAUUCGCACAGGGGAAAGAAAAAUGCAAGUUCUUCCCAAAAGAAGGCUCCAAAAUCUCGGAUAACAAGAAAAUACUAUAAAAAGGAAACAUCUGUUGAGGGAAAAGCCAGUUCAGUUUGUGUUAAAGUUAAAAAAGAAAAGGAUUCUGAGAAGAUGGACUCUCCAAAGGCAGUCGGUGACAGAAGUUCGCACAAAGAAGAGUUAAUUGAUGAGAAUAUCUGCGGACAUAAAGCUGUGGGCAAUACCUGGAAUGUCAUUGAGAAAAGUUUGUUGGAAAAAGGCAUUGAGAUUUUUGGAAGAAACAGGUCAGUUUGAGCUCAGAUUUUUGAUAGAGCACCUUGAUGUUUGGUCUUCAGAACUUGGUGUUCUCUUUUUCAUUAUACUGUGCGAUUUUCUGUUAUAUUACAUGUACAUAAUGGUAAAUUCUUAUCAUGGAUAAUCAUUACUUUGGACCGACAAGCAAUUUGUGGAAGUGGCUGAGUCGGAACAAUAACAUUAUUUUUGUUUUCUGCUGCUAACUAUGCUUGCGUAUGUUGAAUGACGGGAUUGGAGGUCACAGUCAUGCGCUAAUGUUGCAUGAGUUAUAACAGUCUGCAGAAUCUAUGAUAAUCUGUCUUGACCUGUUGUCUAUAACAAAUUGUGCACUCAUUUAACAAAUAUUUACGAUUCACGUGUAAUAUACUUAGUACAAUUCUGUUGCAAAGGUUUUGCUCUUCGAUCUAAUUCCUUGUAGUUCAUUGGCUGGACAGCUGUUUAAUUGCCAGAAACCUUUUAAGUGGUAUGAAGACAUGUUCAGAAGUCUUUCAGUACAUGAACCUCAUUGAAAAUAAAGCUACGUAUAGAGCUGGCGAUGGAACAAAUUCCCAUGCUGAGGGCCAUAACAAGGUUGACUACAGGGAGACUGGUUUGCAGUCUUUCUGUUUUUUAUCAUAUAGCUUUGUUUAAUCUAGAAUUGAUAAAUGUUUUUUUAAUUGACAUCCAGGGUGGUGAGUACCGAAGAAGAUCAAAAUUUUUGAGAAGGCGAGGUCGUGUUCGUCGUUUGAAAUACACUUGGAAGUCUGCUGGGUAUCAUUCUAUUAGAAAACGCAUUAGUGAGAAAAAGGAUCAGCCAUGUCGACAGUACACUCCCUGUAACUGUAAAUUUGGUUGUGGAAAAGAUUGCCCUUGCCAUUUGAAUGGAACGUGCUGUGAAAAAUAUUGUGGGUAAGGUUGUUUCUUAUUACCUACAAUUAUAUUUGCUCAAACAAACAAACGAAGCCAAAAAAAUUUAUCCAACUUUUCAAUCAUGCCAAUUUUUAUGCAGAAUUUUCGCAAUUGUAGGUGCAAUUUGAACUUGUUUUGCGAUUCCUUUUGACUUAGCUCGACUUUAUCACUGGGACACGGUUAACUUUGCAUAGACGAUUAGUGCAUAUUGACAAUACGACAGACCUAAAUAUAGAAAAGUCCCUAAGUGGUCAUAUGUCUUCUUAGAGCAACGACAUUAUUGUGUCCUUGAAUCAUGAAAGGAUUGUAAUCGUAAGGAAAAUGUGAUGACAAUAUCUUCAUUAAAGUCAGUUUAGGUUUUUGCUUAUUGAAUGAUCUACGUCAAUUGAUUUAUGAUGAAUUACGAUUUGUGCUUUGUGUGGGGUUACGAGGCAGGCUAUAUCAUUAUUCGUAUACUGAUUGGUCUUCCAGUUCAUCCAUGAAUCGAACCAGCUUCUUGCAGAUGUAAGAAAUUACUGAGUCCUGCUGUGGUUUUAUGAUGUAUGGUGUCCAGUUCAUGAGCAUACCAAAGGAACGUAGAGAAGUUCCUUUAGCAUUUCCUCGUUCACUUGAUUGCUAUGAACAUACCAAAAAAUGUAGAAGUUAUUGAUAGUAGGUUAAGUGCUAAUUUUAUUAAAUAAGGUAAUUCAAUAGGAUGGUCAAGGCAGUAAACAAGAUUGCUAAGAUGCUGAUGUGACUAAGUGAGCUCCUUUUACAUGUGUUCAUGCUGUGCCUUAAAACACGAACUUCUUGCUGUGUUGACUGACCCUAAAACUUUCCUUAUAUAUGAUUGAUACAACUUAAUGGUGAAAGGACCCUAGAAUUGGUUCAGCGUGAGGAAGAGGGGGGCCAGUACUUGUUUUAAUCUGAAUCUUGAUUUCUGGGUGUCAUGCUCUGUUGUCGAUUAUCACUUUUUGCUUGCAUUUAAAGGAUCACUUCAUUUUUUGUAUUUCCGAUUUUUCAACACAUGAUAAUUAAUCUCGUCUUUAUAUGAAGGAAUAUUCAAGCCACAGAAAAUCUAUGUUUUCUGUACACGUUUCUUAUUUCCCUCUUCUUUCUAUCCUCUUUCUUCUGUCUUCUGUGGAUCAAAGGAGGAUCUCGUUCUUCAGGCUUUUACAUGACGCAUCAAAAAGCCAAGCCUAGCUUGUCUAUAUUAUAGGCUGAGCUGGGGCAAUUUGAUUUUGCAGCAUGCUUUCGUUUUUCCUUGAGAUCUCUAUAUUCCACAAUUUUUAAGGCGUUGUGUGUCGAAUUUUUUUAUGGGUAUAGCUUCUGUAGCAAUGAUAAAUUGUAAGUUAUUUGUCAACCUCAAUGUGCUACUAUCGUUACUGAGUUUUAAAGGGUUUUUUCCUUGCGCUAGCCAUAUUUUAUUGCACUCUAUACUUAAUAUAUAUAUAUUUAUUUUAAUGCAGUUGCUCCAAGGCUUGCAAAAAUAGGUUUAGGGGUUGCCACUGUGCCAAGAGCCAGUGUCGAAGUCGUCAAUGCCCGUGCUUUGCUGCUGGUAGAGAAUGUGAUCCUGAUGUUUGUAGGAACUGCUGGGUUGGGUAUGUCUCUACUUCAAAAACCUCUUCUAACAACUUUCUCUUGCCUUAUUGAGGCUGGCUUAUUGAUAUCUGUAUUGUAAUAUUUUUUCCUGUCGCCUAUGUUCUUUCUCUUCCUUUUAUUUGUGUUCUUUCACUUUUCAAGCUUAGUGGUCUAUUGCUCUCGCCGUCUUGAUGUAGUUGGUAAUGUAGUACAACUGCAAGGCACACACCUCUGUAGACUUUGAAACUUGUUCCUGAGUUAUCUAAUAUAUAAUUACUUUAAUUCAUUUUGAGAUCAAGGUUAUUCAUCAUUGAUUUCAAAUGUAAUGCACAACCAUUCCCAAACAGUAAUAAAUAAGCUGGAGUACUGAAAUUUAAGAUCUUCUUCUUCCCCUUAUUAGUUGACGAAUGCUCUACUGAGUUUUUUGGUGAAGUGUGAAGUAUGUUGUGUAUGCAUAAGCUAUCUUCCCAACCCAUUCCCAAGUGCCUACACUCCCUUUCCUUUGGAUACAUCUUCAUGCUUUUGGAAUUAUUAAAAUUUUAAGUAUUAUAUUUAAGGUACGGAUUUAUGUCAGGAUAAUUAUGGAGAGGGCAUAAUGAAAGGAAAAUGGAGAAAGAGUGCGAGUUAUUCAGGAAGAGAAGAGCUAUCAGCCACAUGAUUCAGCUCAAUCUCUACUAUGCAUUCGUGAAAGACCUCUGGAUGUGGAAAUAUUUUUGACGUCUGGAUUGUGAAAACUGCUAGACAGAGAGUGUUGAAAGUAGGUCAGGAAUUAAGGAUAGCUCAGAAAUUAUGUCCAUAGAACUGCGAGUUAUUUAAUGGAGGGUAAUGGCACUUAUACACCCUUUAUGGGUUGGAGAACAUCCCACAAAGAGGGAUUUUAACGCCCUGGGAUCUAAAUGUCCCCCCUUAUGUCGACCAUAAAUUUGAAAAAAUAAUACACAACGAAAUAAUCUAGGGACAAGAUUAUUUGUAAUUUUUAGGUUUGAAAAGAAUAAGGAUAUUGUUAUCAUUGAGUUCUUGGAUCCUUAGGCUUUAGGAAGCAAACGGUUUAUGGGAUGAAUGGCCAUAAUAACUGCUUUUCUCCAAAAAGAUUUAGGCACAUGUUUUGGAAAAGAAGGGCCUGGGUUGCCACAAGAAAAUGACCAUUUUUCCUUUUUGUUACUCUGUUUUGCUGUGAUGUAUCGACACACAAUGGCUCAUGUACUAUGCACUCUGCUUGAAAGUAUGAAGUUACGAUUUUAUUGAAAUAGUCCUUAGGCAUUGUUCUAAGCCAAACUUUUUUUACACGGAACAAAACUUUGGGAGAAUAAUACUGACAUCAUAUUGAUAUUUGACCAGAAAAAUCCGAGUAACCGAGCAGAAUCAUCAAUGAAUGUCACAAAACAUGUAGGCCCAGAAACAUUAAGAAUGAUUGAAGGACCCUAAAUAUCACUAUGAAUACAAAAGAAAGGAAUAUUUCUUUCAUUACUGUCUGGAAAAGAUACAUACUGUGUUUUGCAAGUUUGCACACUUCACAAUGAAAAUAUUUAGAGCUUAGGUUUUGAAAUAAAGAAGAAAACAUACUUUUAAUAACCCUAAAUGAAUAAUGCCCAAAUCGGCUUUUGUGAAGUCUAAUUCUCUCAUUGGAUGAACGUAGAUCAACAAAAUGUGGUAGAUCGCACUUUGCAAUGUUUGAUUAGUUUGGCGCUUCAAGGUAGUGGAUUCCAUUCUAUUAUUUAGCUUGUCCAAUUUUCGUCCCCGAAUUCUUACCAUGAAAUACACAACAAUUACGAUGGAUAAUCACUUUGCAAUGUAAAUCUACGGUAAGGUCUUUGAUAGACACACUGGGUUAGUGAAGGACUUAUUUUCACGUCUCCCACACCUGCUACAGUUGUCAAAGAAGACAACUUUUCCAGAAGUUGUCAGUGAGUGGGUCAUGUCCUACCCAAGGCAUUUAAUUCAAUAGAGGAUGGAAGUUCACCUGAAUAUCAUAAUAAAAAAGAAUCGAGUUUGUUAAUGAGAGAUCUCACCGUCUUGACAUGUUCUUGGUUGAUUCCGCCUCUAGCCACCAUAGCCCAGCUGUCUAUGCUUUGUCGUCCAAGCAUCAAGCCUCUCUCCGAUUGUGUUAUAGCGAUCAUCCUACAUUUUCUGAUGUCUAUAGAAAAACUGACAGCUAUUUGCAGCAAAAGGAUUGUUGGCGUUUAAAGGCUGAGUGUACCAACAAUGAAGGUCAAUAAUCAAGGGAGAAAUUAGGUUCCAAGGCAUUAAAAUGCCUCUUUGUGGACUACUCUCCAAUCCUCCCGCAAAGUAACUCCUUUGUUAAGCCUUUAUCCAAGUCCGUGCCAGAUUCUGAACCUGUAUCUGAGCUCAUGCUGUGAACGGAAAAACCCUAGGCAGGUGACUGAGUGCAGCUGAAGAAAGAUUAUCCCUCACUAAGUCUAACUAGGCCUGGUUUAUAUGCCAGACCCAUAGUCCAACAGUGAAACGGGCUGGUCCGACAGUGAAACAGUAACAAAAACUGGUCCAUUCCCACAGUAUCAUGUGGAUCUAGGGUUAAUAUGAAGUUCUCUGUUCAAUGCGUCAUUCAAGCAUCUACUUUUCAGUCUUGCUUAUGAAUGAUAUUAUGUGUGGCACUCAUUUUCUGGUGAUGCUCGCGGCUAAAUGGAGCUCUUUCUCAUAGGUUAUCAUUUUCGACUUUUAUUUUUAUUCAUAUAUUAUUCAUUCUUUUCCUACAGUCUGCAGUCCUCAGAAACUGUUUUUUCAAAAAAAUCUCCAAAUUACCUGGUGAUUAGCUUCGAAAGUUUUAUAUAAAAACAAUAGGCUCUGUUUUCUCGUUCAUUGUUUUGAAGAUGUGUUAGCAUAGGCAUUACAUAUGCGUAUCCUACUUAUGGCUCCCCUUAACAUUCUGUCUUCCACAUGUUCAGUUGUGGUGAUGGUACCUUGGGUGGUCCCGCUCAAAGAGGAGAUAAUUACGAAUGUAGGAACAUGAAACUACUUCUUAAGCAGCAACAAAGGGUAAUAUUGCGUUAUCUAUUUCUUUUGAAGUGUUAAUUUACGCACUCUGCUUAGUUUUGAUGUUUUAAAAGAUGAACACAAGGGUUACAGCGCAAUAUUGUCAUUUUGCUUCACAUUUUACCAAUUCUCGUUAAAAUGCAUAUUAUUAUUUUAAAAUUUGAAAUAUGGAUUCGUCUUUAGAAUAUCUAACCGAAAAGUUGAACUUAUUAGUUGAACUAGUCAAUGAACAACAGAUUAGAAAUAUUUUAUUUUCUUAUCCUUUUGAUUGAUUAAUGAAAAACGCAUCGUCAGUUUUUAUCUUGUAGUUGAGUCGCCAUCAUUGUUACAAUCAUGAUGAUGAUGAGGUCAUUCCCAUCAGUCUAACGUUGGUUAAAUAUGAAGAAGAAUCUACUUAGCUUCAUGUAUUUUUUUCAAACAAAUGUUUGUGUGACAUGUAACCUUAAUAGGUUGUGUUUAUGCUUGACCAGGGAAACUGAAUAUAUGGUAUAUAACACCGGUAGUGGUUAACAAUGGGAUGCUCCUUUUUGGUCUGAUAUUGAUAGAUUAUGACAUGAUGUGAAACUGAAGAUGGACUUUGCCUUCGGAAAAAUUUCAGUCUGUCGAUUAAGAGACUAAAAAGCCACACGUCCCAUACAACCAUGAAUGGCUUUAACUUAAAGGCAAAAUGAAAAUCAUGUGAAAAUGCCCUGAAGUGGAUCGGCAUCUUCCCAGGAGACAGGCCCCCCCAAGUCAAGCGCGCUGACUUUACUGGAAAUUAUAAUCCGAUUUCAAAAAUUAAGUUUUUGUCUAAUUUCAUCAAGAAACGUUUACCUCUUUCCUCACGUCUGCACUUUCAUGAGUACAAAUCUGAUUCAUGAAUAAGUAAGCUAGAUCUUCAGUGAAGAUUCCUUCAAAAUCCUGGAUCCCAUCAACCUGCGUGAGUACAGUUAUGCCAAGUAUCUUCAAUGGCUCUAAAGCUUGAAAUUUUCCAUCUUGGAAAAUGUUCUUUUCAGAUUUCGGAAACUUAACUUUAGUUGCAACUUUCAUGCUCAUCCUCUUCUGUCAAACUCGUCCGGAUGAUCCCAUACCUGAAUUUCUCUUCCUCUGUUCUGAGUUUCCACAACCAUGUCUUAUUGUACUGAUACCUGAUUGAAAUCUCUAAUACAAGAUCUCUGAUCUUUUCGAUCUGUACCUUGUUCCUGGAGAAGUGCCAACCAGCUAUAUAUAUAGAUAGCUAAGGUGCCCAAUCUCACCAACCUGCCAUCAAAGCAGCCUCUCUGGCCUCCAUCGUCUCCUACUCCAUGAAUACUGUUGGAAAUGGAGAACUGUCCUCUGUUCUCCCUCUAACCUCCAUUAUAUAGGGAGGAACCUUACACAAUUUUCGCGAAACACCCUUAGUUGCUUACAGAAUUUUCUUACGACCUAGAAUUUCCAACAAAUAUUAUGUUUUUGCCUCAAAUAUAAGUGCAUUAUUGAGGGGAACUACAUCUCUGCAGGUCCUACUGGGAAGAUCGGAUGUCUCUGGCUGGGGGGCAUUUCUCAAGGUAAUCCGACCCUGGCUCUCCUUGACUCUGCUCUUGGCGUUCUCAUCCUGGUUUCCCCCAUUGCAGAAUAGUGUUAGCAAGCAUGAAUAUCUCGGGGAGUACACUGGGGAGCUGAUCUCACAUCGAGAGGCCGACAAGCGCGGAAAGAUCUACGACCGCGAGAACUCCUCCUUUCUCUUCAAUCUCAACGACCAGGCACCAUUCUUUCUCAGAUCUCUUUGGGGCCAUCUUCAUCUUCUCCUGCAGUCUUCUCGGAGUAUUCAUGUAUCUAUGUAUUAUCGUUAUAUAUAUAUAUUUUUUUAUUUUAUUUUAUUUUUUUUGUGGGUGCAGUUUGUGCUUGAUGCGUACAGAAAGGGGGACAAACUGAAGUUCGCCAAUCACUCACCUGACCCAAACUGCUACGCCAAGGUCAUCAUGGUGGCAGGCGACCACAGGGUGGGGAUUUUUGCCAAGGAGCGGAUAAAUGCUGGGGAGGAGCUCUUCUACGACUACCGCUAUGAGCCGGACCGGGCUCCUGCCUGGGCCCGCAGGCCAGAGACCACUGCCCAAAAGAAGGAAGAGACAUUCCCUUCUGGCGGCCGUGCCAAGAAACUCGCCUAG